GGCCUGCUCGCGUGCGCGUGCGCGUGCGCAUUGGGGCGGCCGACCAAUGCCACACCGCUGCGGCACUGCCCGCUGGAUCCCUCCACCCGUGCGUGAGCCCGCAAUGGCGGGCGCAGUUUCGCUCUUGGGUGUGGUGGGGCUGCUGCUUGUGUGUGCGCUGCCCGGGGUCCUAGGAGACCGCGCCAAUCCCGACCUCCGGGCACACCCAGGGAACGCAGCCUACCCCGGCUCUGGGGCCACGGAACCCCGGCGGCGACCACCGCUCAAGGAUCAGCGCGAGCGGACCCGGGCCGGGUCGCUGCCUCUGGGGGCGCUGUACACCGCGGCCGUCGUGGCUUUUGUGCUGUACAAGUGUUUGCAGGGGAAAGAUGAAACUGCGGUUCUCCACGAGGAGGCAAGCAAGCAGCAGCCAGUGCAGUCAGAGCAACAGCUGGCCCAGUUGACACAACAGCUGGCCCAGACAGAGCAGCACCUGAACAACCUGAUGGCCCAGCUGGACCCCCUUUUUGAGCGUGUGACUACUCUGGCUGGAGCCCAGCAGGAGCUUCUGAACAUGAAGCUACGGACCAUCCACCAGCUGCUGCAAGAUAGCAAGCCGGACAAGGCUAUAGAGGCUUCAGAAGCAGGUGAAGGCUUGGGAGGCGAGUCUGCUGGAGGUGGAGACAAAGUCUCUGAAACUGGAACAUUCCUGAUCUCUCCCCACACAGAAGCCAGCAGACUUCCUGAGGACUUUUGUUUAAAGGAGGACGAGGAGGAGGUUGGUGACAGUCAGGCCUGGGAGGAGCCCACAAACUGGAGCACAGAGACAUGGAACCUAGCUACUUCCUGGGAGGUGGAGCGGGGGCUACGGAGAAGGUGCAGCCAGGCUGUGGCAAAGGGCCCCAGUCACAGCCUUGGCUGGGAAGGAGGGACGAUAGCUGAAGGUUGAGUAAAAGAAAGUCUGUUUUUUGAUGGA